AAAUAAAAAAGGUAUUGCCAUUUGUUUAUUUGUAAAUUUAUAAAGUUCAGCUGAUGUUUGUUUAUUGUAUUUAAUCUUUUCCUUGUUUGUAACGACGGCCAAUCAAUAGAACUUACAAAAAUGGGCAAAAGUGAUAAAAAAUCUAAGAAAAGCCAUAAACACAAACGAAGGGAGCACAAGGAGAAACACAAAUCGAAGAAAUCGAAGAAGCACAGCCGACAGAAGCAGGGCGCAUCACCGGCCAUAACCGAGCCGAAUAUCCAAAAGCUGGAGCAGGAACAGGAACAGGAGGAGGAUUUUUCCAUACCAAUAGCGCUGAUGAACAGCAAGUCGCAUGCUCCAGAAACGCCGGAGGAGUACCAACGCCGGCAGAGCCAAAUCCGCCGAGAGGUAGAUCCCGUGACAGGUCGCACUCGUCUAAUCAAGGGCGACAGCGAAGUGCUUGAAGAAAUCGUGAGCAAGGAGCGCCACACGGAGAUCAAUAAGAAGGCCACUCGUGGGGAUGGGGAGUAUUAUGAACAGAGAACUCUGGAUGCUGCUCGGCGCCGAAAGUGAAAUACCAAAAAGCAAUAGCCAUUUUCAUGUCUUUAGAUAAUAAUUAAUAACUGUCAGCUUAAUUAAACAAAUGCUAGCUUCGACUAUA